AUGGACUACGGGAAGCUCGUCGUCAUCGUCGAUGUCGUCGACCAAAACUGGGCUCUUGUGGAUGCCCCUGACAUGGAGAGAAUCCAGAUGAAUUUGAAGAGGCUUUCUCUUACUGAUAUCGUCAUUGAUAUCAACAGAGUACCUAAGAAGAAGAAUCUCAUUGAGGCUAUGGACAAAGCUGAUGUGAAGAACAGGUGGCAGAAGAGUUCAUGGGGAAGGAAGCUGAUAGUACAGAAAACAAGAGCUGCCCUCAAUGACUUUGAUAGGUUCCAGAUCAUGUUGGCCAAAAUCAAGAGGGCGGGUGUUGUGAGACAGGAUCUUGCAAAGCUCAAGAAAGAGAUCACCGCUUGA